AUACAUUGUCGCGGGUUGCAACUGCAAUUUGUGCAGUUUUAGUGCAGUUCUAGUGCAACCAGCAUGUUGCACUAACCUCCCUUGCACACUAACCAGCACAUUAUCCAGCCCUCACUAACAAUACUAAUAUUGUAUGAUGAAUAUAUUGUGAUCUAACACUCCAAACCCUAAUCUCACAAUAAAAAAACUCUAACAAGUGAAAAAAGUAAAAAAUAGAAUUCCGGAAUAACUGAAGUAAAAAAGAUAAAUUAAGGAUGUCUGAAAAAAGUGUGUUCCCUAGUAUGAGAGUUUGCUCCGACUCUGCCACACCCUACACUGAUGCUACCAAGGCUGUGAAGGCUCCCAGUGCUCCACACAUCAAGAGACCAAUGAAUGCUUUCAUGGUUUGGAGCCAGAUAGAGAGAGCCAAGAUUAUCAGUAAAACUCCAAGAAUGCAUAAUGCGUACAUCUCACAAACCUUGGGAGCCAGGUGGAGAAAGUUGAGCGAGAAGGAAAGACGACCUUUCCGACAGGAGGCGGAGAGGUUACGCCUUCUUCAUAUAGCGGAGUUCCCACAUUACAAGUACAAACCUAGGAGGAGAGUAAAGUCUGGAAGGAAAAGUAAGGAUCAGGUUGAAGAGGAAUCUACCAAAGAUACAACUAACAACACUGCCAUAGUACAAACAGAGGACGAGUCCAACCAACAUUACUCAAGACGAUAUUCUGUGACGAGUGACGAGUACCCAGCUAGUCAGGAGGACGGAUCUAGUCCUAGGAUACAGUUGGAUGAGCUGAAUGAAGAAUACAAUCCUGCCUGCUCCGAUCUCCAGUUUCAGAUAGAUCUGGAGGAUUCAGAUUUCUCGCUCUUCUCCCAGGAUCCGCUCCCGGGGGUUGAUACGACGUGGUUCUCAGAUAAAAGUCCGACCUACACGGAGUAUCAAGGUAGUAGGGGAGUACCGGAGGAGCAUAAAUACUACUCGGAGCGGGGUUCAGGACAAAUAUUUAGCUGGAAUCUUCCCACGGUUGACAACGACGACAUUUAUCCGAAUCCUUACAAUGAAGAGGAAAUGGAUUUGGUGGAAUUACAGCCGAUAACAUCUGAAAGCUGUCCUCCGGCCAUUCUCAGCUGUCCCAGCUGUCAUUGUAAUCUCAGCUGUCGGACUGAUCUGACCGGCACGAUGAGCUUGCCGGUCAAUGGAUCUCUUUUGAAUUUUGCCGAGACCAGUCUAAAUAUAGAUAAUCUUCUCUAAGACAAGUUCAAAUGUUCUCUAACGUGAAGGAUUAUACAAAUGUACAUGUUGUACGAGGAUUAUACAAAUGUACAUGUUGUACGAGGAUUACAGAACCAUUUGCUUUAUUACGAAAUCUUACUAUAGUCUUAUAAUUUCUAUGCCGGCAG